GUGAGAGGAUUGAAAAUGGGUCAUGUCCCACUUCCCAAAGACUCCUGCGCCGGGAGCCUGCCUGCCGCUUCAGACAGAUACCAAAACCACUGCCCUGGCCAAAACCCUCAAGGAAUCGUGCAGUGAUACAGUAUUUUCUUGCUGGUAAGCAGGACUCGCAGACCACAGAGUGCAGCUCGCUGCGCGCCGGGGACGAGCGGGUUAAAGGCUGAUUCGGCGAAGUUCGCAGUCUGCGCGCACCCGUCCCUCCCUCGCGGCCGUGUGGAGCCGUCCUCCGCUGCGGGGAUGCGCGUCUGGCGUUCGCACUGACAUCGCAAGACAAGCAACUUUUAUCGGACGGCGAGCUUGUUAGAAAUAAGCGCAUAACGCGUUACCGCUCGCAAACAUCAAUCGAGGAAACGGGGCCUCGGGAAAGAAGGUCCGUCUUUUUUCCGCCGCUGGACUGUAGGGCAGUUUCUGCAGAUUUGGUGCUGUUUUGUAUCGAAUCUACGAGAACCCGUGAGCUUCAAUGGGGCUGUUGCCGGCGUAGUGGCUGCGAAGUUACUGCUGGAUGAAGGCUGGACUAUGAGAAAGGCACGUGGCCCUGCAUGAUCCCCCCGUCUUCUCUGGUGUGGCCCCUGAUCCAAGCGCGUGCGGCCCCGCCCUGCUGUGCCAGGAGGGCCGGGUGGGGUGGCGCCUGCUCCCAGCCAGUCUGCCGCGCAGAGGAGGCAGCCACAGCAGCCGUCCGCCAUGACGACCUCGUCCCUGCGCCGGCAGGUGAAGAACAUCGUGCACAACUACUCCGAGGCGGAGAUCAAGGUGAGGGAGGCGACCUCCAAUGACCCCUGGGGGCCCUCCAGCUCCCUGAUGUCCGAGAUCUCCGACCUGACCUUCAACGUGGUGGCCUUCACGGAGGUCAUGGGCAUGAUCUGGAAGCGGCUGAACGACAGCGGCAAGAACUGGCGCCACGUGUACAAGGCGCUGACGCUGCUGGACUACCUGAUCAAGACGGGCUCGGAGCGCGUGGCGCAGCAGUGCAAGGAGAACGUCUUCGCCAUCCAGACGCUCAAGGACUUCCAGUACGUGGACCGCGAUGGCAAGGACCAGGGCGUGAACGUGCGCGAGAAGGCCAAGCAGCUGGUGGCGCUGACGCGCGACGAGGACCGCCUGAAGCAGGAGCGCGCCCACGCCCUCAAGACCAAGGAGCGCAUGGCCGGCGUGGCCACCAGCAUGGGCAGCUACUCCAGCCGCCCGCCCGCCCCGCACACACCAGUCCUGAGCUGGCAACACGCUGCCGUCCGUGCAGAGCUGCUGCAAGAGGGUGCAUCCGACAGAGACCCGACCCCGGGCAGCGUGCUGUCCACUUGUACUGCUCUCUUCUCGCUCGCUGUCAUGUUUAUUGCUGCCCUGUCUGCCUCCAGUCUCCCAGGAGGCAGUCUGGAAAGGUGGAACAGCAGGAGCAGGCGGACGACCCUCUCAGCUUCCUCGUCCUCACCGCGCCUGACCUCUGACCUGGAGCAGGCCCGCCCCCAGACCAGUGGAGAGGAAGAGCUUCAGCUUCAGCUGGCCCUGGCCAUGAGCCGUGAGGAGAGCGAGAAGCCCAAGCCGGCCCCGCCCACCUCCCUGGAAAUGGAUGAGGACACGCAGCUGCAGAUCGCUCUCAGUCUCAGCAAGGAGGAGCACGAGAAGGAGCAGCGCAGCCGGCAGGGUGACGAGAGGCUGCUGCAGAGAGCUCUGGAGGAGAGCCGGCGAGAGAGUUCCUCUGGUCACCAGGAGUCGGCUCUAAUGGACCUGGUUGACAUCUUUGGCCCUGCACCCACGACACUUUAUCCCGCUUUUCCUCCUGUCUUUUUUGCAGCUGGUGCUCAUUCCAGUAGCCCAGUGACAGUCAGCCCAUGGUCACCAACCCCUGCGUCCAGUGCCCCCUCCCAGCCCUGGGGGUCCAAGCUGACCCAAUCAGACCCCUGGGAGCCAACAUUAAGGGGCCCUAGCUCUUCACCUGCCCAAGCCUGGGACUCCCCUGCUCACCACACAGGUGCCUCCGGCUCAGACCCCUUCUGCAGGCUGGGGGAGGGUCCUGUGGAACGCAGUGGACUGGAAACACUCUCCUCUGCCCAGUCCGGCAGCACAGCAGAAAUUGACCUGUUUGGGGAGCCCCUGCCCAGCACCCAGAUGAACGGGCGGGGGUGCAGCCCCGAGUCCUUUGACCUGACGAGUCUCGGGGAAACCCUGGGGAACCCCAGCCCCCGCGCCUGCCGCACCCCCGAGGCCUUCCUGGGGCCGACAGCUGCUUCCCUCGUCAACCUGGACUCGCUGAUCCCUCCCAACCCCCCCGCUAAGAACAGGAACCCCUUCCUGUCAGUACUCAGUGCUCCAUCUCCCACCAACCCUUUCCAAAGUGAGCAGCCACGCCUCACCCUCAACCAGAUGCGCCCCAGCUCGGGGUCGCCCCAGCCAGGCCCUCUGCCCUACAGCGCCUCCCUCCCUCUGCCCCUGAGCAGCCGAGCAGGGGCCACCCUGCCCUCCUCCCUCACGCAGCCGCCCACCUCGGGCGCCCCUGCCUUCACCAGCCCCGCGGCACUCCUGGAUCUGCCCAGCACCCUGCCCCAGCCCCUGCUGCCCCUCAGCUCCGCCACGCCCCUCAGCCUACAGCCCGACCAGCUCAGCCAGAACCCCUUCAUGUGAACAGGAACACGCAAGAGCUCCGCCGCGCCCCCCAGCCUACAGCCUGACCAGCUUAGCCAGAACCCCUUCAUGUGAACAGGAACACGCAAGAGCUCCGCCGCGCCCCCCAGCCUACAGCCUGACCAGCUUAGCCAGAACCCCUUCAUGUGAACAGGAACACGCAAGAGCUCCGCCGCGCCCCCCAGCCUACAGCCUGACCAGCUCAGCCCGAACCCCUUCAUGUGAACACGGACACACAGGAGCUCCACCACGCCCAGCCUGACUGGGACGAGUCCUCCGGCCGGGACAGGAUGGUUUUUGAGAGUUGAUUUUCUUUUUCCGUUUUCGUUUUCCUUUCUUUCUCAAACGCAGCUUUGAUUUUGUAACCCAGAUCCGAUGCUGUGCCACCCCUCACUGUGCCCACUUUCCAGCAUGGGCAGCGCACUACCACAGCCGAACACUUGCCUUAACCUGGCACCAGGUGCACGUGUGUCAGGGGCAUUCGCAUUUCACCGGCAGAACAGGAACAAACCUGAAAAGAGUGCUGAAAUGUGAUGAACAUGAUUGCUAAUGUGUACUCACGGGUGUGAGUGCCUGUUUUUUCUAUUGCAACAUCGUCUCCCCUGCUGCAGAUAAUCCCCCUCCUGCUGCCCAUGAAUUGUGACGAGAGCAGCUCCUGAGAGCCUCUUCUGCUCUCAGGACUGGGACUGCAGGCUCGCCGUCUGUGUUCAUGAUCUCACCCUGCUGUCCUGGCACGCCUCAGCCUCGCUAAAUCACACUGGGACCGAGUCCCAGUCCCGCUACAGCCUCCACCUGUCCGCUCUGUCCUGUUCCCAGUGAAGUCUGGGAGGAGGCAGCAGCCCAGAAAUGCUGCUAAUGACAUGUAUCUGAAUGCUGUAGGUUUCCACACUUGUGCUGCAUUGCCUUGACACUAAAACUGCAAAAUUAACAAGCCAACAGAAUCAUGUUAAGAUUGUAACAAGCUGGAACUGCUAGGCCGACGACGGUCUGUACACACCUACUGUAUAUGAAGAGAAAGCACAGUAAUAGGAACAUAACAAUUUGUUCUUUUCAGGUCCCAAACUGCCCAGUACAGUGAGGGAUUCAGUGCAACACUGUAACAGAAACAUUGGUCAUGUGAAAUUAAGAAUGUGUUCCCUGAAAACACGUUCCUAAAUCUAAAAGUAUAUGUAUAAAAGUUUAUGAUUGAACAAAUAAAUACAAUUUGAAUUAA